CUCUUAAGACGUGUUUGUGAAUGUGUCCAGAGGCAGCUGAAGGCUCACUGACUUAAAUCUCACAGCAAAUCCCUUUAGUCGCGAGUUGACAUGGCCCGACUGAUCUCUGCGGGAAGUUUCAGGAAAUGCAACAGGUGGACGAGCUGCAGGGAAUGAAGCGUGGACUACCGUGAAUGUUUCCAGACUCUGGAGCAGACAGCAAACUUCCCCACUGAGAGCGGAUUUUCUGGGACCUCUUUAGCGUCCCAGGCUAGCUGCUGCUGCUGCUGUGCCUCCUGUGUGUCGGACUGGGAAAAAACUGCGCACUCCUUCACUCGGUUAAGUGCUACAAUGGAUGACAACAGCCUGAGUGGCUCCAACGUAAAGGUCGCUGUGCGCGUGCGACCCAUGAACAGGAGAGAAAAAGACCUGAAAACCAGAUGUGUGGUGGAGAUGGAGGGGAGCCAGACCUUUCUGCAUCCAGCCAUCACUAACGUAAACAAAGGAGACCCCAGGAACCAACCUAAGACGUUUGCCUAUGACUACUGCUUCUGGUCAAUGGAUGAAUCCCAACAGGACAAGUUUGCAGGUCAGGAUGUGGUGUUCCAGUGCCUUGGGGAGAGCCUGCUGGACAACGCUUUCAUGGGCUACAACGCCUGCAUCUUUGCUUAUGGACAGACAGGUUCUGGGAAGUCGUACACCAUGAUGGGCUCAGCGGAGCAGCCUGGUCUGAUCCCUCGUCUCUGCAGCUCGCUCUUCAGCAGGACGGUGCAGGAGGCCCGAGAAGGAGAGACCUUCACCGUGGAGGUCUCCUACAUGGAGAUUUAUAACGAGAAGGUCCGAGACCUGCUCGACCCCAAAGGGAGUCGCCAAGCGCUGAGAGUGAGGGAGCACAAUGUUUUUGGCCCCUAUGUUGACGGACUGUCCCGCCUGGCCGUGGCCAGCUACAAGGACAUCGAGUCUCUGAUGUCAGAGGGGAAUAAAUCUCGCACUGUGGCGGCAACAAAUAUGAAUGAAGAGAGCAGCAGGUCCCAUGCUGUGUUCAACAUCAUCCUUACACACACACUCAUGGACCUGCAGUCUGGGACGAGUGGAGAGAAGGUGAGCAAGCUCAGCCUGGUGGACCUUGCUGGAAGUGAGCGAGCAGCCAAAACUGGAGCAGCCGGCGAACGGCUGAAAGAAGGCAGCAACAUCAACAAGUCUCUCAGCACUUUGGGUUUAGUUAUCUCGGCCUUGGCUGAUCACGGAGCCGGAAAGAACAAGAGCAAGUUUGUUCCCUACAGAGACUCUGUGCUCACCUGGCUGCUCAAGGACAGCCUUGGAGGGAACAGCCGGACCGCCAUGGUGGCCACCAUCAGCCCGGCGGCGGACAACUAUGAUGAGACGCUGUCCACCUUGCGCUACGCCGACAGGGCCAAGAGCAUCGUCAACCACGCCGUGGUGAACGAAGACCCCAACGCCAGGAUCAUCCGCGAGCUCCGAGAGGAAGUGGACAAGCUGAGAGAGCAGCUGACGGAGGCGGAGUCUAUGAAGGCUCCAGAGCUGAAGGAGCGACUGGAAGAGUCCGAGAAGCUGAUCCAAGAGAUGACAGUCAGCUGGGAAGAGAAACUCCACAAGACCGAAGCAAUCGCACAGGAGCGUCAGAAGCAGUUGGAAAGCCUGGGUAUCUCCCUUCAGUCAUCUGGCAUCAGAGUGGUGGACGACAAGUGUUUCCUGGUCAACCUCAAUGCUGACCCCGCCCUCAACGAGCUGCUGGUCUACUACCUCAAAGACCACACAUGCGUUGGCUCGGCCGACUCGCAGGAUAUCCAGCUGUGUGGGAUGGCCAUCCAGGCGGAGCAUUGCGUCAUCGACAUAACGGAGAACAGCGGCGUGGUGCUGACUCCUCACCGUGGCGCCCGAACGUGUGUGAACGGCGCCCCAUUCACCAGUCCAGUGCCGCUACAUCACGGUGACAGAAUCCUGUGGGGAAACAACCACUACUUCAGGAUCAACCUGCCCAGACACAGAGGGCGAGCGGCGGGCGAGGACGAGGGCGGAGGAGCCGCCAUGAAGAAGUGCCUGAGCGCCGACCACCUGGAGGUGGACACGGACGCGCUCAGUGACGUCUCCAGCGAGCUGAGCUUCGGAUACGAGUUUGCUCAGAUGGAGGUCAUGAUGAAGGGGAUGGGCACCAACGACCCCUUGCAGUCGGUGCUGCAGACCUUGGAGAGGCAGCACGAGGAGGAGAAGCGCUGCGCUCUGGAGCGCCAGAGGCUGAUGUACGAGCAGGAGCUGCAACAGCUCCGCCAGCGGCUCACGCCGGAGAAACCCUCCCACUUCUCGGACGCGUCGUCCCUCCCAGUCGGCGGCACCGCUGCCGGGACCUCAUCAGGACCUCACAAACGAAUGCGGCGAUGGAGCGAAGACAGAGAGGCGAUGAUGACCCGCAGCCUGCGGCGCCUCAAGGAGCAGAUAGUUCGGGCCAAACUGUUGGCUCAGGAGGCCAGCUUCAUCGCUGAGGAGCUCAACAAGAGGACAGACUACCUGGUGACUCUGCAGAUCCCUGCUGCCAACCUGGACGCUAACAGGAAGCGGGACGCGGUGCUGAGCGAGCCGGCCAUCCAGGUCCGCAGGAAGGCCAAAGGGAAGCAGAUCUGGGCUCUGGAGAAGCUGGAGAACCGGCUGGUGGACAUGAGGGAGCUCUACCAGGAGUGGAAGGCACUGGAGGAGGACAGUCCUAUGAUGCACUACUUUAAGCGCACCGACCCGUUCUUUGACGAGCAGGAGAACCACAGUCUGAUCGGGGUGGCCAACGUUUUUCUGGCCUGCUUGUUCCAUGACGUCAAGCUGCAGUACGCAGUGCCCAUCAUCAACCAGAAAGGAGAGGUGGCCGGUCGUCUGCAUGUGGAAGUGAGGCGAGGAACAGAGAGCUCUGAGGACAGCAGCGCGGGACGUCCUGACACUCAGCAGAACGGGGAGCAUCAGGAGCGCAAACUGGACUGUGUGGUGAAAAUCCUCCAGGCCACCGGUCUCCCUCGCCACCUGUCCAACUUCGUCUUCUGCCACUAUCACUUCUGGGGGCUGGAGGAGCCGGUGUUCACCGCUCCAGAGGUGGGGUCAUCCAGCUCGUCGUCCGCUUCCAAAGACCCGCAGUGCACCGUGGUCUUUGACAGCACCAAGGAGUUAUCCGUUCCAGCAUCAGAGGACUUGCUAGAGUUCCUGGCUGACGGCGCAGUGGCCAUUGAGGUUUAUGGCCAUAAGCAAGCCAACCACCGCAGGAACCUGGCGCUGUGGGACCUGGGAGUGAUUCAAGCCAAAACCAGAUCCCUCAGAGAGAGGUGGAGUGAGGUGACCCGGCGGCUGGAGCUGUGGGUACAGCUGAUGGAGCUGAACGAGGCGGGAGACUUCACUGCCGUAGAGGUUCUUCCUGCCAAGGACGUCCGCACCGGCGGAGUCUUCCAGCUCAAACAGGGUCAGUCUCACCGGAUCCGGGUGGAAGUGCGGCCGGUGCCGGACUCGGGCACCAUGCCUCUCAUCGCGGCCUCCAUCGUGUCCGUGUCACUCGGGGACAUCAAAGUUCGCCAGAUCUCCAAGAACAACCCCCAUCCGGACGGAGGCGAAGACAUGGACAGCUAUCAAGAGGUGGACCUGGAGAGGAUGAGGGAGCAGUGGCUGAUCACACUCACCGAGAGGCAGGAGUACCUGGACCAGCAGCUGCAGAAGAUCGUCACUAAACCAGACAAGUCGGAGGACGACGUGGAGAGGGAGUCCCAGCUGCUGGAGUGCCGCCUGACCCUCACAGAGGAACGCAAUGCCGUGCUGGUCCCAUCGGCCGGCAGCGGCAUCCCAGGAGCGCCGGUAGAGAGGGUUCCUGUCCCCGGGAUGGAAACCCACAUUCCUGUUCUGUUCCUGGACCUCAGCGCUGAUGACUUCCAGUCCAGUCUGUCGGCCCCCCUGGCUGGGGGUCUCGACGCUAUGCUGAGUGGGGAAGACGAGGACGACUUCUUUGAACUUCAGAUUGUUAAAAACUUCGAACCGGAGGUGAAGGUGGAGGUGUCCUGGGACUCCACCGUCCAUGAGUGUCCCCAGCUCAGCCGAGCGGCGUCCCCGGAGCAGAGGGUCUACCUGACGCUGCACGCCGUGGUGCAUCUGAGCCACCCGGCCCACAUGCAGCUGGUCCUCAGGAAGCGCAUAUGCGUCAACGUCACGGGGAAACAGGGCUUCGCUCAAAGCUUCCUGAAGAGAAUGUCUCAGCGCAGCACCAUUCCUGGUUGCGGAGUCACCUUCGAAAUAGUCUCCAACAUCCCAGGAGACAUCCACGGUCCGGAGGACAGGGAGAUGCUGGCCCGGCUGGCCACCAGCGGUGAGGACGAGGCGUCCGCUGACAGUGAGGCGGCCAUAGAGAAGUACCUGCGCAGCGUCCUGGCCGUGGAGAACAUCCUGACUCUGGAUCGCCUCAGACAGGAGGUCGCCGUGAAGGAACAGCUGGCGGUCAGAGGGAAAGCUGCCAGACGCUGCCUGAGUUCUCCAAACGUAAACCGGCUGUCAGCCAGCAGUCUGGACCUCUCCUCCUCCACUCAGAGGCUCACUUACUUCAAGGGCUGGGAGAGCCACCAGGACCUCUCAGUGGACCCCCCUCCAACCAGACGCUCUCUGGCCGGCGUCGUGUCCCAGAACCUGAACGCAGAGACGGCGCAUUCAGGCUUUGCUGCGUCUUAUCUCUCUCCAGUGAAGGCCGUCCCCAAGCUGCUGAAGUCCCUGCUGCCUGCGGGGAGGGAGGAGCGGGAGGCGGCGGCCGGCCCGCAGCAGAUGCAGAGUCUUCCACGCAUCGUGGUUCAGUCGGCCAGCGUCGAAGAGGACAUGUGUAAACAUCAGCAGCCGGUUCCCGCUGAGAAAAUGCCUCCCGUCGAUGUCCAAACGGAGGUCCCCAGAUCAGUCCCCCUCCCACCUCCAAUCAUCCCAAAGAGCGACGACAUUAGCUCCGGUUCAGCUAGCGACACGUCCAGCGGGUAUGUGUUGUCCAACAUGUCCGCCUCGAGGCUUUCAGACGUCUACACGCUGAGCUGGGACCUACCCAGUUUGUUAUCAGACGAAGUGGAGGAAGAUGACGAAGCGAGGGAGCAGUUCUCACCUGAAAAACUGGGUUUAACCAAAGAGACGGCUGCCUCGAGUACUGACCAAACUCGGCCAGAGUCGGAUCUUUGUGAACAAGAGACAAAUCCAUCUCUGUCCAUUGAUUCAAAGAGUCUGGAAGAAGCUGCUGCAAGUACAGAAGCACAAUCAGAAAACCAGGCUGAACACAACCAAGUUCCAACUGCUGAUACUACUGAACUAGAGCAAUCAAACGGUUCAGAGAAUCACAUUGAUUCGCUGGGAGAACGACACGACGAACAGGAAGAAUCGCAACUAACGGAUCCUUCUGAAUGUUCUCCAACAAAGCAUCCAGACAUCGCUGCUACAAGUGAGGAUAACCACGAUCCGUUACUUAUGAGUAAAACCCAAGCAGAUGAAAAUUUGGUAGAAUCUAUCGCUACGCAGCACCAGGAACAAGACCAGGCAGCUGCUGACGGUGCUCAAGAUCCAGCUGCAGAUGUAACCCAGACUCCUGCUGCUCAACCAAUGGAAGACUCUAACCCUAAAGAUUCACCCCAACAAGGAUUACCGCCUGAACCUUCCGGUACAAACAGCACCCUCACCCAACCCUCAACCACAGUCAAAGGCAGUCUGAAACCACUUUCCGAGUCUUCCAGCAAAGCUGCUACUGGUGCCACCCAACCCUCCAAGUCCAGUUCAUUGGCAGUCAACCCCUUCAAGAUACAGAAAGUCAAGUCUUCAGACCUCAAGUCUUUCCAGCAGAUUGUGGGCGAAGAAGGCGGUAAACCGGCACAGAUGGGGCGGGGAGGCAGCCUCGGGGCGGGACUCAACCUCUCGGUGCCGGCAGAGAGCCUCGAAAGCAUCUCUGACUUAGAGGAGGGAGACGAAGUCGUUUCGGACGUUCUUCCCGACUGGAUGAAGGAAGGGGAGUUUGUGUCUGUGGGGACCAAUAAGAGUGGGACGGUGCGGUACGUUGGGCCCACAGAUUUUGCCGAGGGAACCUGGGUCGGAGUUGAACUGGAGCUCCCGGCAGGAAAGAACGACGGCUCUGUGGGUGGGAAGCACUACUUCCACUGUAACCCGGGCUACGGAGUGCUUGUGAGGCCUGACAGGGUUACCCGUGGGGGUGCCAAACGCCGGCGCCAGCAGCAAAAGCGUCGUAGUGCCAACCUGUCCGGGUCCAGCCCAAACUUGGCGGCUCUUACCGCUCUGGCGAAAGGUGAAACUGGAUCGGCCGGCCGCAGCAGAGGGGAGAACCGUAAAUCGUGGAACACUUGAAAUGUGGCCAGUGGUCUGGAAGUUUAAUCUAGGAUUCAGUAUCUGGCCCUUCAUUGUGAGAGCUGCUGUGUGAACGGCUGGUAUUACUUCACUGACAAAUACAUAAAUAUUGAAUGUUUUAAACAGAGAUUUGCAGAAAAGUAUUUAUUUUAGAGACACUGAAAACCUCAGAAGCACAUUCUGCAUGUUGUGCAGCAGCCUUCGAAAGCCUACAUGAGUCAUGGCUUAGCUGUUUAGAAGCUUCAUAUAAAAAUGGUUUUCUGCGUUAAGUACUGAACAUGAGGAAAACUGUACAACUUCUCUGAAUUUUUAAUACUGUGGAAUGAGCUCACUAGAUGACACUAAUUCCAACUUGAAUGCAUUGUUUUUUUUACAUAUUCACUUUUCUUGUCUUUUAACAUUAUGCUGUUUGUGGAUGAUAUUUGUGUAUUUGGAGCAUGUGAGUGGACUACUGUGCCUUAACUACUGCUAAACACGAGUGCCUUGAUCAUGUCCAACCAAAAUGUGUCCUGCUGGAAGUGUUGAUCAUUGAGAUCGAUCUGGUUCUUGAAUGAAUGUUUCUACUUUUACACAAACUUGCACUCUGAUAAUUAUAGUAAUAAUUUCUACUUAAAUGGGUCGUCUUCCUGCCAUGCAUGUGUAUUUUAGGGAUUUUUUUUGUGUGUGAAAAUACUUGGAGCGGAAAAAUUAAGAGUAAUUUCUGAUUCAUAACUUUUUUUAUAUAUAUUAUAGAUAUAUAAAAUAUAUCUUUAAAUAUAUAUAUUAUAUAUUGUAUAAAUAUAUAUAAAUUAUAUAUAUAUCAUGUAUACACACACAUUUGCAUUUAGGCAGAUCAAUUUGACUGCUUUGGAUGCUUAUUUAUUUGAAAAUAAAGAUAUAUUGGUUAUUUGUUUCUCUUCGGACUGGAUGAAAGACAAGAUGGGUAACGUCAUUGAUAUAGCUUUAUUCUCUUGUACAUUAUAUAUAUAUAUAUAUAUAAUAUAGAUAUCAUACUAAAAUAAACAAGUUAAAAAAUGGACAAAGAAACUGUACAAAAAAUGUUUAUAUACUACAUCUUAAUUACAGAACAGUCUACUGUCCAAAAAAGGCACUAAAUUCUGAAAUGGGCAAUACAGUAAUUUUGAACUUAACUAUAUUUGUGAUUGAUACGACAGCAUUCAGUCCUCUGUUCCUAAGUGAUAGUGGGAUGAACCGGGUGGCAUUUCACUUGAAGACAUUGACCGACACGUAGCCACACCGUAAGAGGACGCCUCCGUUCUGGUAAGCGUCCACCACACACACGCGCGCACGCACACACACACACACACACACACUCUCACAAACCAGUAAUUUGACAGAUCAUGGCAUGUCAAAGUUCAAGGCAGACAUCUGAAUAUGAGUUAUUGAGAGAAAAAUCUCUGAACGCACUCUGCAGUAUUCCUCCCUUCAUUAACCUCAACCGAUCUGGUUAGUGUGUAGACACUGACAUCCAUCACAGCUGGAAUACUAUGUGUGACGUGUUAAUGCUACACCAGCCCUACCGUGUGUAUAACUGUAUUGUAGUACACUGGUGGAGGUUACAGUUCAAGCUUACUCAUCAAUACUUUUCAUAAGGUGCAUCUUUGUUGGCCUUUUCAUGAAACUGUUGCUCAGUCGGACAAUGGAGGACAGCUAAAUGCUAAAACGAUAAUAGAAAAAUAAGUUUGGUAAAAUGAAAGAGCAUUAAUUUAACUAUAAAGCACAUUUCAUUUCAAAGCAUGUCAUUCGUCUUUGUACAUUACCAUUAAAAAAAUUAGCAUAAAUACAUACUUUUUUUUUUUUACCACUUCCUUUAAAAACCUGUUUUGUUUUUUAGCUUCUUACAAGCGGAAGCUGUUGAUUAGCUUUUCUAAAGCAGAACCCAGCAUGGGGAGUUAUGAGCAUGAGGUGUAUUUCAAAAAAAAAAAAAAAGUUACACUUUUAGUGUUGUAACAUGUAACCUGGUUCAUCAAACAUCAAAUCAUUUUAGAUAUUAAGAAUCACAAGAAAUGUUUUCCUGCCAUGAGGUUUUUUUCAGUUCUGUUUUUUCAGUUCUCCAAAACCAUUGGACAGUCUUGCAUGUGGUCUAAAAAUUUUAUUCACUUUUUUUUUUUUGGUAAAAAGUAUUGGCAUGACUCUGCUUAACAUGAAGGUAGAAUGGUAGCAUAAAGGCGGGGAAACGCACAGCUAGCCUGACUUUGUCCAAAAAUAUCUCCUCACUUUGCAUCUUGAAUUGUGAGCUCAAGGCAAACCGACAUAAGCAUCUGCAUAGCCUCUCCGGAUCCUAUAGGGGGCCCCCAAGAGCAGUUAAAGUUUGACAAAGUUGACAUUUUUUUCCCCAUACAGAAAAUAUUAGCUGUAUAUCUUCAUACAAAAAUGAACAUGAUUUUUACAUCAAAGAUAUCCAAAGCAGAAUAGACUAACAGGAAAGACUGAGUUUUUAAAUCUUUUGAGUUAACAUGUUUGAUCUAGCCUAGCAUAGCGUAGCCUCACCUUUCAAGAUCUCCAACUGUAUUCUGCUGAAUUCAGUGUUUGUGUAAAAACUAGAGGAGUGACAUCAACCACUCUUACAAAAGUUAAGUUUAAAACCUGUAAUUGUCAACCCCUGCUAGCUACCUCAGCAGAUAGCCUAACUAAUGACCCAGCUAAUGUUAGGGUGUUAGACUUGUGUAAAUCUAAUGAUUUACAUCUUCUUCUUGGUCAGUAUUAAAGUCUGAGAACAAGAUGAAUACAAAAACAAUGUGUGAAUAUUAGCUUAGCAGCGCUUACCAAGUGGUUUUUGUUUAGAGCCCAUUACAGGGCUCUAAAUGGUUGAAUCUGCUGCUUCAACUAUUUCAAUACUGGAUCAAAUACCACCAUGAAGACAUUUUGUGUUUUCUUUAGCGCUGCAACUCAUGGGAAACGGUGGAUGCCACCACAGCCCCUACAUGUCUGAGGCUACCUAAGCAAUUACAAGUUUUCAAUGAGCCAUGGCUGACUAACUUGGAUGAGAAGCUGGAAAGUUCCAAUGAUGCAUUAAAGUCUAAUGUAAUCCUACAAAUGGAGCCACUGACACCAGUUUGAUUCUAUGGGAGGAUUUUGAAUGGGUGCGCCAUUUAAAACGUGCUCAAUUUUCCUUAAAAAAAAAAAAAAAAAA